AUGUCCUUGCCUCCUAUCGCGCCGCCGCCUUCGGCCGCCCCCCGACUGCAAUCGAGGAAGCAACACCAGCCGUCGCCGCCGGUGGCGGCUCCUCGAAAGCCGAUGGCGGUGCUGGCGACGGCCCCUCUCGCUCCAGGCAAGCCUCCUCGGAAAGGGCGCGGCGUGCCUUCCGAGCGAUCCGCCGGCUUCUCCAGCUCCUGGCCCAGCGCCUCCCUGCAGAAGCAGCUGCCGCGCAGCCGAGCGGCCCAAGGCGGCAGGAACGCCCCGCCGCCCGAAAGAGGGGCGGCGGCGGCGGCGGCGGCAGCCUUGAGCGCUGCCUUGUCUCGCAGCCGGGGUCGCUCGGGGCCGCCAGCCGCCGGCACGCACUCCUGCGAGAGCCUCUGCGCCGCGCCGGGAGGCCGCGGGGAGGCUUCGCUGCGCUUCUCGCUCAGCCUUCCCCCGGAGGCGAUUCGGGUCCUGCAGCGGCGGAGCCUGGAGAAGCAGCAGCGGCCGCGCGGGCGGGUGGCCCGCUUCGCUUCCCCCGACGCCUCCAGGUGUCCUCUGGCGGGCACCUCGUCGCCCGAGGGGGACUUGCGCGCCUUGCUGCAGGUGUCGCUGCUGAACGAGCGCCACCGCUACGACGACGUGGAGUACGAGGAAGACGAGGCGGCGGGCGAUCCCGGAGCCUUCACGGCGGACGAAGGGCUAGUGCGCAAGUGCACCGAAUGGCUCCGCGGCGUGGAAAGCGCCGCUGCCCGGGACCGGGCGGGCAAGAUGGACAGCCUGCCUCACUUGAGCACCCUUUGA